GCUCCGGCGAGGAGGAUGAAGGGGAUGAAGACGAAAACAGUGGCGAGUAGGAGGGGUGGGAUGGUGAAAGAGUUGGACUUGAAUGGUGGGUCUGGAAAUGGGAAUGGUGAAAUGGGUGAUUUGUAAGUUUGUUGAAGGUGAAGAUGAAGUCUUUGUUGGUCUUGGGGAUAGUCCAUGAUAGAAGGGUUGGAAAUGUAGGGGGGUUUUGUAUCUAUGGUUUUAACAAAGUAGGAAAGCAGGGGCUCUGAGUUGAAAGGAGACUGCGUUUUGUGGUGAUUACUAGUCAUCAAUCAAACAAGGGUGUUUUAAUCUCAUGGUAGAAAUUAGAGAUAAGUAGUGCAGUGAUCAAGGUAAUAGCUGACCAACUUUUUACUAGUGAUUGACCAUUGAGUAUAUGCUUGAUGCUUUCUCUGGUCUACUUUUGUUGUCUCUGACUGGGUUUUCAAGCUAAGAUUGACCUGAAAGUAAAUGAUAAGUUGCUUUUUAAAUCGUGUGUUGCUUUAUACUAUAGGUUCAGAUCGUCUUGAUUGAAUAAUCUUGAUGUGAAUGUCUUAUAUAUCCUGUUCUCUUUAGGACUUAUUUUGAAAAAUUGCUUUAUUAUGUUCAACUUAAAUCCUUAAGACUGUUUGGUGUUUUGAUCUGGUUUCUGAGGGUCCUGUUCAUCUAUUCUCUACUAAUGUUAAUAUGAGUUAACAAUUAAGUAGUAACAAGGAAGUUAACCCUGCCUCAAUGUGCCUUUCAAUGACGGCAAUUGGUCAUAUAUCCUGUUCUCGUGAAUCAAAAUGUUAUCUGGAGUUUCGACAAUGUCAUUGCUUCACGUCCUCUCUUAUUUGGCCAUUGAGCUGGACUGUCUUAUCAGUUUAUGCAUCUUACUGAAGUCCUUCUCUGUCAGAUUUAUAUAAUACUUGAUAGGGCAGUCUAGGCUACAUACCCCUUAGGAGUUUUUUAUGUUUUUGAUCUAUGUAUGUGUGUAGCCCUUAUUGUUCAUGGGGUUCCUCCUUUAGCAUAUGUUGCAUCCAAGAACAACUAGUAGGAUGCUUCAUAAUUUCGAACAAACGCUUUAGGCCUAUUGGUGAUGGUGAUGGUGAUGGACAAUAGUGAAGGUCACUAGGCAAAAUGAUUUGUCAUUGGGGACAAAUGAGUAGAAAGUAGAAGCUACAAAGUGUGUUAAGCAACUCACAGGACCACUAAUGAUAUUGGGCUUGUAGUAUAUAAUGCAUGUCUUCAUGCUUUUUGCGUCUGUUACAAAGUUUUAGCACACUAAAUCUACAGUUUUUGUGGUUUAGAUGAUUAUGAGUAUGAGACAGUGUUUUAAAAUGGAAAUUAGAGCAUUAGAGUUAACAAAUGUCAGGGUAACUGACAAUUAUGGCUACUGUGAUUUGUUCUUCUGCUUAACAAUGUUGGCUAUUGUUUGCAAGGCAUCAACAGUUCAACACUAACGUACAUUGUCAUCGAGUGUUACAAAACAUGUUUUCAGUAGCUUUUAACCUGUUGAAAGCACACAAUAGAAGUCUUGCAUAUAUUGAUAAAAAAUUAGUGAGUGUUUGGUAUUUUUGGAUUCUUUUGUUUCACCUAUUAUUGUUGCUGUGGAUGGUCUUUAAAUUUGAAGUUGGAAGCUAGGAAGAAUGGGAGGGAGAAUGCAAGAUGGUCUUUAUAUUUGAAGUUGGACUCAUUCGUCCAUUCAGUUAUGCUCAAAUACAGCCAGAAAAUUUUCUUUAGCUUUACUCUGUUACUUUUGCAACAAUUUUGUUCAAUCUCUAGGUUACCAUUUUUCAUUUUUUUGAAUAGCCAUAGGCAUCUUUAUCUUUAUGGAGGCAGGGGCAGGGGAGCCCCCUCCAUCCAUUCUUCAAUGAUAUCACAACUUGAUGCCUGGCUAGCAAGUGAAUGAACAAGAGUGUUACAAAACUUAAAGGGAAGAGGAUUCGAAUUUGAGGUCUCAUCUAACAUUACACAGAGGUUAGUUUGUGUCUACUAUAGUUAAAAUGUGUAGUUAAAUUUCAAUCAAAGUGCAAUUAAUACAGAUAACAAGCGGGAGUGGUAAUUCUAAACUAUAUCACGCUUUCAUAUUGGUGGCGUAAAAUGAUUACGAUCUUCUUUCUUAACCAAAUGAUAGAAAAAUUUCACCCGGAAAAUUGAACAAUCAUGAAUAAUAAUCUUAAGAUGAAAAACUUAUAGAUCACGUCACUCACCAUAUCUAGCAUUUAGAUGACAGGAUCUUAUUAGUAAUUAACUGGGUGAUAAAUGUCAUUUAGUAGGUUUGAUUAAUUUGUCAGGAUUGUCUUCGUUAAAAUGAAGAUAUUUUCUACUUGGCAUAGUGGCUUUAAUGGACAAAUCUCGUACAGUUAAAUACAGUUAUUCUUGGAAGCCCUCGUUGUAGAACAUUUCCUAUAUAAAAGAGAAACUCGUCUUUCCCUCCAUUGUUUUACUGUUAGUACUUCAGUGGUUUUACAGCAAGAGGUAGCAUUCCUCCCUUUGCUGAAUAUUGGUCUUUUCCCUUUCCUUUCCAGUUUAUUUUCUUCUGUUUGCUUUCUGUCUGAUCUGGUUUUGUUCCAAUUCUUGUUUGAAACCAUGUUUACACAGGUAAUAGCUAGCUAAAGUAAGAUAUGCAGAUGCGUUCCGCCCCAAGCUAUUUUUCCAAGCAAAUUGGUUUUCAUCAACGCUAUCGUAUAGAUCCAGUGAAUAGCAUCUACAGAAAAAACUUCUGUAGACCAAAAUCAACAGCAGAAGCCAAAGUACUUGCGGCCAAGAAACACAGUGAGUCAGAGAGAAGACGAAGGAUGCGAAUCAAUAGUCAAUAUACAGCUCUUCGUAAAAUCCUCCCAAACUUGAUCAAAAUGGACAAGGCUUCUGUGCUCGCAGAGACCGUCCGACAAGUAAGGGAGCUUAAGAAGGUGGUAGCAGAUACUGAAGCAGCAUGUCGUGGCAGUGGCAGUGAGUGUGUUAUUCCCAGCGGCGUUAACAAGUUGAGUUUGGAGAAGUGUGAAGGCAAGCAAGAAGGGCUUGUGAAAGCAACAUUUAGCUGCGAGGAUAGGCCAGGGCUAAUAUUGGACAUGAUUAGGGAGCUGAGGUCAGGGAAAGGGAGGGUGGUGAGGGCGGAGAUGGUGACAGUAGGUGGGAGGACUAAGAGUGUGUUGUGGGUGAAAGGGUUGGGUGCUGGAAGUGAAGGGAUAGUGUGCCUUAAGAAGGCAUUAAAUAAGGUGAUUGUUGACAGGCCAAGCAUUAUUUAGAAGCUACAUCUCCCUAAGUGAGUUUGAUGCGAGGAUAUUUAGUAUAUAGGGGCUUUGCAACACUCACUGCUAACCCAAAGGACAAGCAAAAGUAUGUAUCUUACAUUCUUACUAGGAGUUCUGAACUUUAGAUAUAUAGCAUUGAUCAUUUCCUCCUAAUGGGCAAGCAUAUUGUGUUGUGUAUGACGACUCA